AUGGUGUCUCUCGAAGAGGACGAGGAUCGCGACAUGGGAGGAUCCCAGGAUGGAAGCUCCGAUAACGAGAAUGAGAACGAGAACGAGAACGAGAAUGAAAAUGACAUGGACGACACAAUGCGCGACGGCGACGACGGCGAAGGUGACAACGACAAUGACAAUGACAACGACCAGGAUGGAGAAGGAGACCAAGAUGCAGAUAGCCCCUCAAAUGCGAGUCAGGCGUCGGAGGGCGCAGGGAUGCAACACGACACGAAUGGCAGUGGUACCAACACCGUCUUUGAACCCUUCUCGAUCUAUCAUCCUAGUGUGCGUUCCGAAUGCCUGACAGCCAGGACGUACGAUAUCGUCCCAACCACCGCUGCCCCGCAUGCGACCUCUAUCAAUGCGAUCACAGCAACGGCUGACAUGCGAUGGGUCUUCACUGGUGGAUCGGAUGGAUUCGUGCGCAAAUAUAACUGGGCCGAGUCAAUGAACAGCAAGCUGAUGUUGACUGUGGCUCAAAGGCAUCCUUUCGUGGAUAGUGUGGUCAAGGCUGGCGUGCUCAUGACAUACUGGGAAAAUAUGGAUGCCAACCACUUGUCACCAGUGUAUUCCUUGGCCUGUCAAAGCGAGGGCUUGUGGCUGCUUUCUGGCUUGGAAUCUGGAGCCAUUCGACUGCAAACUCUGCGACACGAUGAAGGCAAAGAAGUUGUGGCGCUCCAGCAACACACAUCUGCAGUUUCGACGCUCAACCUCACAUCGGAUGAACAAUCACUACUUUCUGGAAGCUGGGACAAACGCGUCUUCGAUUGGGACCUGAAUACUGGACAGGCUAGGCGUGCAUUCGGGGGCAGCGCCAAACAAAUAUCUGCUGUGCAAAUCCGGCCAGAGUCCAGCCUGCCUGUGCCUAAGGAUACCAUCGAACUUCAUCAGACCAAUGGCACAUACGCUUCGAACUAUGCCGCUCCUGGCACAGACAACCUGAAUUAUGCCGAUGCAAAUCAAGGGGCUGAAGACCUGGGACAGACUGAGAACCCGCAGGCGGGCUCCCCUACAGAUUCAUUAUUCGGCGGAGCAGACUCAUUAUUCGGCGACGCAGAUGGCGGGGCUGCAGAUGGUGGCGAGCCGUCUGGUGGUGUCUUUGGGGUAGACGAAGACGAUGAGUUUGGUCGCGCUGUGGCCAAUGGUGCUAUGGCGGACGCAGACGCACCAGGAGAGAUCGACGACGACGUCCCUGAUCAACACAACGCCGUGCAUACCCAGGCCACACAGGAUACACAACCCUCUCAUACAGAUAUACCAAAUGAGAAUAUGGAGGCCACAGACUCGCACAUUCCCAAUAGCCCACCUCACCCCGUUGUCAAUGGAAUCCCCAAGGCAGAGGAUCUGGAAACCCAGCAACCGGACUCAGAGUUCUCACAAAAUUUACCACAAGAACAAGGCCAUUCUGCUGAUAACACCUUCUUGGCUGCCUCAAUCGAUGGAACAAUUCGAGUAUGGGAUCGCAGGCAACCCGAUCCCGUCGCCCGCAUAACCCCUCCGCCCAACGUUCCACUAUGGUGUAUGAAUGCCUGCUGGUCUCCAGAUGGCAACUAUAUCUAUGCGGGACGACGAAAUGGAACUGUUGAGGAAUACAGCCUUCACAAUGGGCUUAGAAAUGUCGAACGCACAUUCAAAUUCCCACAAGGAAGUGGCCCGGUCACAGCACUCAGGGCCAUGCCUAAUGGGCGACAUCUUGUGUGCGCCUCUCACGACAUUCUUCGAUUAUAUGAUCUUCAAAACGAUCAAAACGAUCAAUCCUCGCGCCAUUCAGCAGUGCCUUUCUUAAUUAUUCCUGGCCACCGGACUGGAACCAUCUCUCAACUGUUUGUCGAUAACGCAUGUCGCUACAUGAUCUCCACGAGCGGAAAUCGUGGCUGGGAAGGAAACACCACUGAGGUCCUCCUAGGAUAUGAAAUCGGGGUGCCUCAAUAA